GUUUGGGGACAGAGCUUCAUUUUUAGAUUAGCUGAAGUCUCAGCUUUGGGCUGAAGAUUUUUUUUUUUUUCUUGCAGAUAGAAUCACAAAUAUCCUUUUACUGGCCUCACCAGUUUUUUUUAGGGUAUCAUUAAACAGCAGGGAUUAAUUUGGUGACUAAAAAUUCCUUAUAAAGAGGCAGCCCUAACUUUGAGUUCAUUGCACAAGGGAUGAUAUUUUUACCUCCCAGGGCAAGGAGGAAACUGAGGUUUGAUGUGGGGUUGAAUUAGUUUUCAGUGGAUGCUUAAUAUGAUCAAAAUAUUCAUCUCACUGGAACCAUCUGUCUCCAGUAUCUUCCUUUAAAUGCUUUCAGCAACUGCAACUGCUCAGCCCUUUAGCUGCUAGAUCAAUGCUCCAGGACAAAAGAGAAUGACUUACCAGGUCUGAGGCAAGACAGGAGUGUUCACUGAUUUCUCCUAGAUGGCAUCUCAACCAGAUGCCUUUGAUCAAGAGUCUUAUAUUUCAUCCUGAAAUGUUCAGGUUCAAAAUAUUUAGAUGGAAGAUAGUAUGAGAAAAAGAAUGUAUACAUAUGUAUGACUGGGUCACUAUGCUGUACAGCAGGAAUUGACACAACUCUGUAAAUCAACUGUACUUUAAUAAAAAUAAAAUUUUAAAACGAAGAAAAAUAUUGAGAAAAGUGUAUCACAGCAAGUCUUUGUACACAAGAGCAUGGGGUGAAAAUGAACUUGUAAAUCUUUACUGAAACUUAGGUAUGCUUAUUGGAAACAUAUGGUACACAUAAUAUCAAAAUUCCUUGUUGAGUUGAAUGGAAAUUUUGUGAAUUGACAGCUGAUUACUCUAAUAGUUGAUCUUAUAUUUAAUUUUAAAAAACACACAAUUCUGACCAACAAAAUCGUUGGAUCUUUUUUCUUGUGUUAGCUUUUUCAAAUGGAUCAGAGGAUAUUGCCACAUUUUAGCUCACAAAUCCUAGCCUUAUUGUCAUUGAAUUUUUGCCAAACUAUGGCCACACUGUCAAUUCAGGGCCACCUGUGCUGUGUUGUGUUUGAUGUUUACAGCAAUAAAGACUUGUUGACUGUCAGUGGAUGGAGAAGAACAUCUUCUGUAUGCUAGCUGCUGGUCUUGACAUUGAUUGGGUGUGCAGUGAAUGGGCGAUAGUUUGGAAAGAAUGCAUGUUAUGCCCGGAAACAUUGGCAGAGUCUAAGUUGCUCUUCCACCCUGGUGAGACUGCCCAGGACUAGUCUGUGAACCCAGCUAGGAAACUCCAUUGUAAAAAUGGCGGACGAGCCCAUAAAGGAAAUCCUGGGAACCCCGAAGUCUCCCAAGCCAGCGACAAUGGAAAAGAGCCCCAACAGUGAAGUCGUGGUCACUAUGGUUCCCCUGGUCAGCGAGAUUCAGCUGACGGCUGCCACGGGGGGUGCCGAGCUCUCCUGCUACCGCUGCAUCAUCCCCUUCGCCGUGGUGGUCCUCAUCGCGGGUGUAGUGGUCACCGCCGUGGCUUACAGCUUCAAUUCUCAUGGCUCCAUCAUCUCCAUCUUAGGCCUGGUCCUUCUCUCCUCGGGACUGUUUCUCUUAGCCUCCAGCGCCUUAUGCUGGAAGGUGAGACAGAGGAGCAAGAAAGCCAAAAGGCGGGAGAGUCAAACGGUUCUCGUGGCAAAUCAGAGAAGCCUGUUUGCUUAGGACUGAAGGAGACCAAAUGCGAUGCAUGGCCUGAGGACCUGCUCUCACUUCAUCAGCCCAGCCUAGUGCGGGAGAGGACUGACUUGGCAUUGCUAUAGACUGACCGUGGAGGGUGGACGGAACUCAUCUGUGAGCAAAGACAUGUGUCUUCUUUUAUGACAAACUUAACUCUAAGGGCUAUUUCUAAGACUGAAUAAUCAGCUUUUUCUCCAUAUUAAAUAUUUUAGGGGUCAUGGGAGGUGGGGGGCAUUCAAAAACAUUUGCUUCACCUUCGAAAGGAGACAAGAGAAGAUGAGUUUGGGGACACCAGCAACCUGGCUGCAAAAGAGAUAUCCCACGCUUUUAGGAAGUUGUAUCAUAAAAAUGUUCUGCUGGGAGUCUAAACUGCCUUGAACUUUGCAUACUCUUGUGAAAUUCUGUGAUAAUUUUUUUUUUCUGAAAAGUUGAUUCUCUGACGUCUGUUUAUUUCCCACUUUCAGUAACUCAUCACCGGUGGUACUUUUCUUGAAGAAUAAACUAAUAUUUUGUAUGUUUUAACAUUGGAUAGUUUUUAGAUGAUAGUAAUUAUAUGUCAGAACUUUUUUAAUAAAAGGUGAAAAGUGUGGCUACUAGAUGACAUGGGGGAUAAAUUAAUAUUAAAAUAAUCCAAUAUAGCACUUUUGAUGAUUUUUGUAUUAAAGUUUAAAUGUACAGUUCAUUCAAAAUAAUAAAUACUUAUUGCUGCUGAAAUGUCUUAAA